CCAGGAGAUGAGGCCACCAUUAAUGCUUGUUUGAUGCACAGCGUUGAUAAUCUUAGCAUUCACAGUUCUCUCAUGAAUGGUACGCGCCUAGGUAACAGCCGUCGUCUUCCGGAUUUGCCAACCGGUUACACUGUAUAUGAUGGAGCUGUUCAUCAGUCUACUGGUAGGCAAAGGAGGACGCGAAAAGCAGGUCGUUCACAGAGUGUUGGUCGAACAUCUCGCCCAUUCGAUUCUAAAAUGACCAACUGCUAUACGGAUAACUGCCACAUCCCUUCACUUCAUCGGUCACAUUUACCAUCUGUUCGAGCCGAGUUAAUUGCUCUUGAUCAUGGGGGGUUGCGAAUUGUCCUGAUUGAAAAGCUUCAGCCUGGUCCAUUCGGUUUUUACAUCGCUACUGGAAUUUUUAAUCAAAAACGUGGAAUCUUCAUCUCUCGAGUAUCAUUACCAUCGUUGGCGCCGGUACUAUCGGUGGGUGAUGAGAUUAUUUAUGUGGAAGACGAGUUGGUGAAAGGCGAGGAUCUGGAAUAUGUUCAGGCAUUGAUUGCCGGCAAAAGUAGCGUGAAGAUUGUACUUCUACCAACGGUUGGGCCAAAUGCUUGUUGA